AUGGAUCUCGUCGCAGGAGUCCGAAAAGAAGGCAGCCGUGGCGGCCGCGACUCCUUCAAAUGGUCCGACGUCAAAGAAUCCUCCCACCGCGAAAAAUACCUCGGCCACUCCAUCAUGGCCCCCGUAGGCCGCUGGCAACAAAAUCGCGAUCUCAAUUGGUACGCCAAGUCCGACGCGUCGUCCGCUGAGAAAGCGAAACAAGAACGCGAAGAGGAGAUUCGUCGUAUCAAAGAGGCUGAGCAGGAUGCGAUGGCACUUGCGUUGGGGUUACCUGUUGCGCCGCGUGCGUCGAAUAAUGCAAAUAUGACGCCUUUGGGUGGGAGUGAAGUGCGAAAGGCUGUCCAGGAGUCGACGGAUGUGGAUGAUAAGGCCGACGGCGAUGGUGGCAGAGGGCUUGGAUUUGGGUCAUACGGAGGAGCAGCAGCGAUGAAGGAUGCUGAGGAUGAGAUUUUGGCACCUAUUGGCAUGGAUUCUGACAUGAGAAUAUCAGGACAAGAGAAAGACGGCAAGGAUCGAGGUCAUCGCUCAAGACGUGAUAGAUCUCGAGAUCACGACCGGAGACGGGAUCGCGAGCAUCGUGAUCGUGAUCGUAGUGGAAGACAUAGAAACGAUCGAGACGCAGACAGAGAACACCGUCAUCAUCACCGCCGUGAAGAUCGCGAACACAAACGACAUAGAUCUAGGUCUCGCUCCGUGUCGCGGUCUCCAAGACCAGAACGUCGCGAGCGAAGACCAGAUUCAGACCGUCAUCGAGAUGCUGGUCGUACCGGUCGUCAUCGGUCAAGUUCUCCGCGACGUGAUCGUGAUCAUGAAGGUGGUAGAGAUGCACACCAUAGAUAUCAUCGUUGA